UCUACAUGAACGGAUUGUUCGUCGCUGCUGCGCACCAGAACGACACAUGAGCGCGAGCGGAGGAGAUUAUAAGCUUCAUUCGACCCGUUUCCUGUUUACAAAGGAUAAUAAUACAUUUAUUCUAUUUUAAGAAGUAAACUGGCAACGUUUCAACUCGUUUUGUUUCGCUCUUGAAGUAUUUUAGUCAACAGUUUUAUUUUGGACAGCGCUCGAUCAGUUUGACGCAUGACGCGAUAAUCAUCUGAGUUUUUUAUUUUAUUAAUUUUAUGCUUUAAAUAAUUCGCAAACAUGGACGAGAAAGUAUUCACGAAAGAACUGGACCAAUGGAUCGAGCAACUGAACGAGUGCAAGCAACUGUCGGAAAACCAAGUAAAGAUAUUAUGCGAGAAGGCUAAAGAAAUUUUAUCCAAGGAGUCAAAUGUCCAAGAAGUGCGUUGCCCAGUUACGGUAUGUGGAGACGUACACGGCCAAUUUCACGACCUAAUGGAGCUGUUUAAGAUUGGGGGUAAAUCACCAGACACUAACUACCUUUUCAUGGGAGACUAUGUGGAUAGAGGUUAUUAUUCAGUAGAGACGGUCACACUGCUGGUGUCUUUAAAGGUUCGAUAUCGAGAGAGAAUCACCAUCUUACGUGGGAAUCAUGAAAGCAGACAGAUCACACAAGUCUAUGGCUUUUACGAUGAAUGCCUGAGAAAAUAUGGAAAUGCAAAUGUUUGGAAAUAUUUCACAGACCUUUUUGACUACCUUCCACUUACAGCACUUGUAGACACACAGAUCUUCUGCCUCCAUGGAGGACUGUCGCCUUCAAUCGACACACUGGAUCACAUUCGCGCAUUGGACCGUAUCCAAGAAGUUCCCCAUGAGGGUCCCAUGUGUGAUUUACUGUGGUCGGAUCCAGAUGACCGCGGUGGCUGGGGAAUUUCCCCCAGAGGGGCUGGGUACACAUUUGGUCAGGACAUCUCCGAAACAUUUAAUCAUGCCAACUGUUUGACGCUGGUGUCACGAGCUCACCAGUUAGUGAUGGAGGGUUAUAACUGGUGUCAUGAAAGAAAUGUGGUGACGAUCUUCAGCGCACCUAAUUAUUGCUACCGAUGUGGAAACCAGGCGGCCAUCAUGGAACUUGAUGACACGCUCAAGUAUUCCUUUUUACAGUUUGACCCAGCACCACGUAGAGGAGAGCCUCAUGUCACCCGACGCACUCCAGACUAUUUCCUUUAGGACUUUGAAACAGAAUGACAUCAGUGAUCAACAUGCUCACCUGUGGCCGAUCGCAUAGCCGCUAAGUUAAGAAGGCUGUGUUUUAAUAACUAACUAGAUGUAAGUUAUGGCUAAUCAGACAUACUUUAUAAAUUCAAAUCAGGCCAGUCUGGAUUUUUAUGUAACUGACUUUACGAUCAGUCACCAAGAAAGAAAUUUGAUUUGUAAUGGCGCAUUUCCAUUGCAUUGUACCCCACGGGUCGGGUCAGCUUACUUUUGGGGGCUUUUCCUCUGGGUACAGUAUAUAGUACCCAAUACUUCUUUAGUAGCACCUCGAUUGAGGUUCCAAGCAAGCUGAGCUGAUACUAAAAUGUGAGGUGAAAACACUGUAGAUCACUGAUAAAUCGUCACUACCAGCAUCAACACUAAAUGUGCACAUUCUCAACGCGCAUGUA